GGUCAUCUUCGGGUAGCAACUGCGCAUGAGCUGCUGUCCUCCAUUCGCCCCGGCUUCCACUCUCGUGCUGGGCGUUUGUUGCGCAGCGGCUCCUCCUCAUCCUUGUCCUCCUCAGAGAUAACAAGAAGACUGCAAAAUGGUGGCAGAGGUGGAAAUCCAGGCCGAAGUCGUGGAGCAGUACCAGCGUGACGGGGCCGUUCUGGUGAAGAGUGUGUUCUCUCCGUUUUGGGUGAACAAGGUUCGGGACGGAAUAAUGAAAAAUCUAGAGAAACCUUCUCAAUACUCAGAGCGUCUUGUUGCAAAGGAAGGUGAGGGCGCAUACUUUGACGAUUAUUGCAACUGGUCAUGGAUAGAAGAGUUUCGUGACUAUGUAUUCAACUCUCCUGCCUCCUACCUGGCUGCCACCUUCAUGAAAUCAUCAGAAGUAUCGUUCUACCACGAACACGUACUCAAUAAGGAACCUGGUACGUCAAAACGAACACCCUGGCACCAUGAUCAGGCAUAUUACCCUAUUGAUGGCGAAAAGGUGUGUUCGCUUUGGAUGCCGGUGGACCCCGUGCCGAGGCAAACCUGCGUGCAAUUCGUAGCAGGUUCUCAUUUGUGGCCUUCUUGGUUCUAUCCCCGAAAGUUCGCUUCAGAAAUAAAUUAUACAAUAAAGGAAGAGAGAGGAGAGAAGGAUGAAGACCAAAAGUGCUUCGUUGACAUCCCCAUUCAGGAUAUAGAGACCGGGAAGUGGCCUUUAUUACAAUGGGAAUGUGAGCCAGGCGAUGUGAUUAUAUUCCACAUGAAGACGGUCCAUGGGGCUCCAGGCAAUACUUCCUCCAGUACUCACCGACGUGUCCUGUCUACUCGCUGGCUCGGUGAUGAUGCCGUGCUGGCAACCCGACCAUGGAAGGUAUCACCACCAAUUACCGGAGGCCUCAAACCUGGUCAGCGCGCCGUGUGUGACACAUUCCCAAUUGUAUACAACAGGCAGUGAAUAAUAAUAAUGAUGCUGAUGAUAAUAUUCAAGAUAACUAUAAUAAUAACAACAACAACAGCGACAGCAACAAUAGUAAUAAUGAUGAUAAUGAUAAUAAUAAUGAUAGUAAUAAACAUGAUCAUAAAGAUUAUGA